AUGGUGCCAUCGAAUAAAAUGAAAAGCUGUACAAGUGGUUGGUGGGCUUUGUUACUGACGGCUACGUUGGCUGUGGGGACGCUGGCGGAUGCUGGUGUUGGUCUCUAUAACGCGAGGCUUCAGCAGGUCGUUACAUCUAGCACUCUGAAAUGGACGAACAUGAGGAAGGAAGCUAUGGAUAAUUAUGUAACUGGAGCUGAUUCACAGCAAGGUCCUAUUUAUCUAUGCAAAGCAAGACACGAAGGCGACAUGCUUCUUGGACAACUCAGACCUGACUACACAUCUUGCGCUGUAUCAGGAACUAAGAGUUAUAAUGUCUUUGAAGUACUAGAAAAUAUUGAAAACGCUUCACUCAUUAUAUGGGAACCAUGGAAUAAAUUUAACUCUAAACCCACUGGAGCCGUUGUGGUCGAUUCGUCAGUUGACUCCGUGUUUAUAGGUCGAAUGAUAAACGGCAACGAUUUUUCUCACAACAUAGGUAGAAUUAUUUAUGAAAGUACAGUUGGUCAUUUGAUAACAUUCAAUGAACAAAACAACGAGUUAGACGAAAACAGCGGAGAAAUUCUAAUGGAAAUUGAACCGAUGAGCUACAGACUGGAAAAUGUUGAACUCGAUUUAGUAACACAACACGAGAGACAGGCAGAUCCACAGAUAUACACGGAACGUGUUUUGAGGAAUGAUGAUGACGUCGCUGCGACGGUCACCACGGAGAUCGAAUACAAAUAUAAUUACACCUUAUCCUGGGGUCACGGACAUGGAAUAGCCAUCGGUUUGAAUACCACCAUAGAAAUGAGCGACGGGACCGUGUUCCCGCAAAUCGAAUGGGCAAAUCCAUUCACAGAAGAACGAAAGGAACUUUUCAAAUUGGAGAAAUAUCUCGAACCGGGGACGGCUUGCAAUGUAACCUUCCGUGGCAAUUACACCAAUCGUGAUGUACAGUACACCGCUAAACUGGUGACGUACUAUAAAGGUAACAACGCACGUUCAAGGGAAAUGAGGGGGGAGCGGAUUGAAAAUACCGUCGAGGUCGAGGCUGUGUUCGGUGAAAUAUAUUACACGGUUAACAACACGCUGGUCCCUACAACGACGACCACCACGACUACUACGACUACCACCAGCACCACUACUACCCAGACUCCACCACCACCACCGCCGUUGGAUGAGAAGAACGACGUGGGCAUGAUCAUGGACAGUAACGACAUAUUAGGAGAUAGCAGCGAAGAUAUGGUUAAAGCACCGCCCGUCAAAGAAGACAUCAACCGCUCAGUCGUCGGAGGUCUAGGCAGCAAGCCUAACGAAGCCAGUCUUAGAACCGCAUCGCUUUUAGUAUUUUUGCCGAUAUUUGCCCUUCUAUAG